AAGAAGGGAGGUUCCAUUUAAAUAUUCGGAAAGGAUUUUUUACAGACGUUGCUUCAUGAAAAGAGUCAUCAAAACAUACUGGUUAAGUCUCUGAAGGCCACGUGGGGACAUUAUAGUAGGACACAGUGUGGAAGAAUGUGUAAGGCUGGCACAGCACAAACCCAGGCUGAGUAGGAGUGUGAGCCAACUGCAUGGAAUGAGGGUCACUGACUGAGCUCACAUUGAUUGGUUGGAUGUGGGAAAGGCUUCUCUGUGAUUGGUCAUCUUCUCACCCACCUUUACCUGCAGAGACAGGAGGAUGGACACCCAGGGGAAACAUUUGGCCAGCAAGGAGUGUGGGCAGGACUUUGGUACUGAGCCCAAUCCUCUUACCGGUACUGAAUGUGGGGAAACAUCAUCUCUAACCAAAGACUCUCAGGGGCAAAGGAGAAGUUCUACAGAAGAAAAACAUUUUGUCUGUGCAGAAUGUGGAAAAACCAGUCCCCAGAACGCUAACACAGGGGAGAGAAAUAUCACUUGUGCACAAUGUAAGGAAACCCAGUCUUUCAGGAGCAGCCGUUUAACUCACUUUGUAAUACACACAGGGGAAAAAGCAAUCACUUGUAUGGAAUGUGGCAAAGGCUUUGCUCAAAAGUAUAACCUUGUAGCUCAUAUGAGAAUACACACAGGGGAGAAACCAUUCACUUGUACAGAAUGUGGCAAAGGCUUUGCUCAAAAGAAUGACCUUGUAUCUCAUAUGAAAAUACACACAGGGGAGAAACCAUUCACUUGUACAGAAUGUGGCAAAGGCUUUGCUCAUAAGAAACACCUUGCAUCUCAUGUGAAAAUACACACAGGGGAGAAACCUUUCACUUGUACAGAAUGUGGCAAAGGCUUUGUUCAAAAGAAUGACCUUGUAUCUCAUAUGAAAAUACACACAGGGGAGAAACCAUUCACUUGUACAGAAUGUGGCAAAGGCUUUGCUCAAAAGAAUAGCCUUGCAUCUCAUGUGAAAAUACACACAGGGGAGAAACCUUUCACUUGUACAGAAUGUGGCAAAGGCUUUACUCAAAAGAAUAGCCUUGUAUCUCAUAUGAAAAUACACACAGGGGUGAAACCUUUUACUUGUACAGAAUGUGGCAAAGGCUUUGCUCAAAAGAUUAACCUUGUAUCUCAUAUGAAAAUACACACAGGGGAGAAACCUUUCACUUGUACAGAAUGUGGCAAAGGCUUUGCUCAUAAGAAUGCCCUUGUAUCUCAUACGAAAAUACACACAGGGGAGAAACCUUUCACUUGUACAGAAUGUGGCAAAGGCUUUGCUCAUAAGAAACACCUUGUAUCUCAUAUGAGAAUACACACAGGGGAGAAACCUUUCACUUGUACAGAAUGUGGCAAAGGCUUUGCUCAUAAGAAUUACCUUGUAUCUCAUAUGAAAAUACACACAGGGGAGAAACCUUUCACUUGUACAGAAUGUGGCAAAGGCUUUGUUCAAAAGAAUGGCCUUGUAUCUCAUAUGAGAAUACACACAGGGGAGAAACCUUUCACUUGUACAGAAUGUGGCAAAGGCUUUGUUCAAAAGAAUGGCCUUGUAUCUCAUAUGAAAAUACACACAGGGGAGAAACCAUUCACUUGUACAGAAUGUGGCAAAGGCUUCGCUCAAAAGAAUGGCCUUGUAUCUCAUAUGAAAAUACACACAAGGGAGAAACCUUUCACUUGUACAGAAUGUGGCAAAGGCUUUGCUCAUAAGAAUAACCUUGUAUCUCAUAUGAGAAUACACACAGGGGAGAAACCUUUCACUUGUACAGAAUGUGGCAAAGGCUUUGCUCAAAAGAUUGACCUUGUAUCUCAUAUGAAAAUACACACAGGGGAGAAACCAUUCACUUGUACAGAAUGUGGCAAAGGCUUUGCUCAUAGACAUAACCUUGUAUCUCAUAUGAAAAUACACACAGGGGAGAAACCUUUCACUUGUACAGAAUGUGGCAAAGGCUUUGCUCAUAAGUAUAGCCUUGUACCUCAUAUGAAAGUACACACAGGGGAGAAACCUUUCACUUGUACAGAAUGUGGCAAAGGCUUUGCUCAAAAGAUUAACCUUGUAUCUCAUAUGAAAAUACACACAGGGGAGAAACCUUUCACUUGUACAGAAUGUGGCAAAGGCUUUGCUCAUAAGUAUAGCCUUGUACCUCAUAUGAAAGUACACACAGGGGAGAAACCUUUCACUUGUACAGAAUGUGGCAAAGGCUUUGCUCAUAAGAAUAACCUUGUAUCUCAUAUGAAAAUACACACAGGGGAGAAACCAUUCACUUGUACAGAAUGUGGCAAAGGCUUUGCUCAAAAGAAUAAUCUUGUAUCUCAUAUGAAAAUACACACAGGGGAGAAACCAUUCACUUGUACAGAAUGUGGCAAAGGCUUUGCUCAAAAGAUUGACCUUGUAUCUCAUAUGAAAAUACACACAGGGGAGAAACCAUUCACUUGUACAGAAUGUGGCAAAGGCUUUGCUCAUAGACAUAGCCUUGUAUCUCAUAUGAGAAUACACACAGGGGAGAAACCUUUCACUUGUACAGAAUGUGGCAAAGGCUUUGCUCAAAAGAUUAACCUUGUAUCUCAUAUGAAAAUACACACAGGGGAGAAACCAUUCACUUGUACAGAAUGUGGCAAAGGUUUUGCUCAAAAGAAUACCCUUGUAUCUCAUAUGAAAAUACACACAGGGGAGAAACCAUUCACUUGUACAGAAUGUGGCAAAGGCUUUGCUAAAAAGAAUAACCUUGUAUCUCAUAUGAAAAUACACACAGGGGAGAAACCAUUCACUUGUACAGAAUGUGGCAAAGGCUUUGCUCAAAAGAUUGACCUUGUAUCUCAUAUGAGAAUACACACAGGGGAGAAACCUUUCACUUGUACAGAAUGUGGCAAAGGCUUUGCUAAAAAGAAUAACCUUGUAUCUCAUAUGAAAAUACACACAGGGGAGAAACCAUUCACUUGUACAGAAUGUGGCAAAGGUUUUGCUCAAAAGAAUAACCUUGUAUCUCAUAUGAAAAUACACACAGGGGAGAAACCUUUCACUUGUACAGAAUUGCAAUAAGAGUGACUUUGCCACUCACUUUAAUGGCACACAAGGGUGUAAUAAUUUAUUCAUGGAUAAUGAGGCAACAGCUUGUAUAACAAAAGUAAAGUUGUCAUUCAUUGGUAAAGUCUUCCAUCCCCUCUGUUACAAGUAUGGUCAACAUUUAUAAUAUGAGUCAAAGACUGGCAAAUUGAUUCAUGGGAAACCCUUUUAUCUUCAUGUUCAACCUGACAUGGGAAUUAAGAGGUGAUCUGCCAAAGGUAUAAAACAUACAGAGGUGGUUGAUCAUGGUCAUUUAAUCUCUUUUAGCUUCAUUCAUUUUGAGAUUUUCAAGAAUCAGUUUAAUAAAUAAUGAUAAAGCAAACUGUGGUAUCCCUCUCUCUAUCUAUAUCUAUGAUUUAUUAGGCGACCCUUCCACUUUAUGAAAAAUGCCACAUACAGUAAGUUUAAAUGGUAAAGGAAGUUGCAAGAAGAGUUUCUGUUUCUGGAGGAUCUGGUACAAUGUCAACAGACACUGAUGUGGGACAAUAAAAAUAUAAAUUAUGUGGAACAAUUAAAAAACCUUUGCUAUUCA